AUGAUGAGAGUUAUGGAACAAUAUGCAAAUAAUUUGGAAAAAGUUGUUCGUGAACGUACAGAAAUGCUUGAAGAAGCUAAUGCCCGUGCUGACAGACUAUUAAAUCAAUUAUUGCCACCAUAUGUGGCUACAGAAUUAAAGGCUGGACGUCGUGUUCCUCCAGAAACUUUUGCUUCUGCCACAAUACUUUUUUCUAAUAUUGUUGGAUUUACUCGUAUAUGUCAAGAAAGCUCUCCUCUUGAAGUUGUUACUUUAUUAAAUGGAAUAUAUGCUGGGUUUGAUGACAGAAUUCUUGAACAUGGGGCUUAUAAAGUAGAAACAAUUGGAGACGCGUACAUGGUUGUUGCAGGAAUUCCCCCACCUAAAGACCAAAGUGUUUUGGCACAAAAUCGACACGUUGAUACAAUUGCUAAUGUUGCUCUUUCUAUGCGUAAAUUUCUUUCUGGUUAUGAAAUUCCUCAUAGACGAAAAGAAAGGGUUAAAUGUCGAUGGGGUUUUCAUUCAGGACCGGUUGCUGCUGGUGUUGUUGGAUUAACUGCUCCACGUUAUUGUUUAUUUGGAGAUACUGUCAAUACUGCAUCGAGAAUGGAAUCAACAGGAUUGCCCGAAAAAAUUCAAAUAAGCGACCAAACUAAUCAAUUGCUGGCUACACAUUAUGCUGAAUAUGUUACUGAACAUCGUGGACAAGUUGAAAUUAAGGGCAAAGGUUUAUGUAAAACUUAUUGGCUAGAAUCAAAAAAUAUGAGCCAUUUAUCAAGCGAACAAAUGCAAAUUCAUUCAUUCCAACAACUUUAUUAA